UGGCUCCUUGCAUGGUUGGAUAUUAGCUGUCAAAUAAGAAAACAAGAACAUACUAUUCACACAGUUUCCCCUCUUUCAAAAAUUUCCUUUUUUUGAUUUUCCUUACACAAAUCUCUUUAUUUUAUUGCUUUCAAAAACCUUAUAAAAACUCUUUCACAAGCCCCAUUUCUUCUCCCUCUUCUUCCCAAGCCUCUUCUUUUGCUUACACAGCCUCUUGCUCGGCUUCUCUGAGCGUUCAGCAGUGUUGGGUUUAAGCCAACUUUUGCAGUUUUUGGAUUAAAUUUUUUUGAUUCUUCAUUGAGAUUUUCAACUUUUUGACGCAAGAACUGACAAGUUUUGGCGAUGAAGUUUCAGUUUUAGCCUUAAAAAAAAGUUUGCUGUUUUUGAUGUUUUGUUGAAGAAAGAUAGAACUGAACGGACUUUUGGACUUUGGGGUGUUAGUGAUAUUUGUUGAAAAUAAUGAAAGUUGAAGCAUAAAGCCUUUAACUUUGGCUUUUGCCUUAUAAAGUUUUUGUUGAAUUUGGGUGCUUUCUUGAGUUGGGUCUUGAAGAUUUUUGACGUGUAGUGUAAGGCUUGAGAUUUUGCUUUAAGCUGUUUUGGCAAUGCAGACUUUAUGUUCUUGGUGUGCACUGAUGAUGAGAUUAAGCUCAUUUGUAUGCUCAAAUUGGAGGUGUUCUGCCUUUGAUGCUGCUACCAAAAUAAGUUUCAUUAAUGGUCAACUGCAGUAUCAAAUUUCUUCUACGCUCUCACCUCAGGGGUGGUCUUUUGCCGCUUAUAUGUGUCUUGGUGCUUUUAUCCAAUGUCCAAUGGCAAAGGGAACGAUCACCCUUUUUAAGAAGGCCUAAAACUUUUCAAUAUUCUUUGGUCUUUGGGCAUUUUGUUCUGCCUUUUAAGUUCUUCUGGUAAAUAAGAACUAGCUGGAGCAUUGAAGAAGGGAGAGAGAUCGGAAAGAUGAUGGAAAACAAAAGGAGCCCUUGCUCUGUUGACCAUAGCAGUUUCACUUCUUUGGCAUCCAAACGGCAAAAGGCUGAUCUAUCUAUCUCCACAAAGGAUAGGAAAGAGAAGCUUGGUGAACGCAUUGUCGCUCUGCAGCAGCUUGUUUCACCAUAUGGAAAGACAGAUACUGCUUCUGUCCUCCUGGAGGCAAUGGAGUACAUACGAUUUCUUCAUGAACAAGUCAAGGUGUUAAGUGCUCCAUAUCUCCAAACGGCACCAACAAACAAUAUGCAGGAUGUAGAGCAUUAUAGCCUGAGAAGCCGAGGUUUAUGCCUUGUUCCAAUCUCUUGUACUGCUGGAGUUGCUCGCAGCAAUGGUGCGGAUAUUUGGGCACCCAUCAAGACCACAUCUCCGAAGUUUGACAAGGCUAUCUCACAAUUCAAUUGACAUUUUAUUUCACAGCAACUGGAAGGAUUUUAAAUCCACUAGAAUUGGUUUAGAAGGUAACCAACUUAUUGUUGAAUGCACAAAAUUUUCCCAGGCAGAUGCAACUUUGUAACAGAAAUUUAUAGCGUGAUGCACUAAGGUAGGAUGCUGGUAGGCAAAAUUACUAGUCUUUGAUUGGGAGAAUUGUGUAUCUAAAUGCAGCCUUGCACCUUUCUAGUUUUAAGCUGGUGCUGGGAACAAGCUGCAUUCAAGCUAUUCAAUUACAAAAUCUUCUUGUGCUCUCCUGAUCAAGUCAUGUAAAAUGUAUAUUGAUGAACCUGAGUUGAAUAACUGCUUUAAAUUGUAUCUAUGAAUAUAGGAAGGGAAUUCCAUGGUUAAUAUA